CGGCCGCUCGACCCCGGCUGCCGCCGCGCCUCCACGCUCUGGGGCCGGGACCGGCAUCGGCACCGGGACCAGGACCGACAUCGGGACCGGGACCGGGCCCCGCGGGCGGUUCCCCCCCGCCCCUCCGCCGCCUCGCUCCUGCGGGGUGCCGGCAGCCUCCUCCUCCUCUUCCUCCUCCUCCUGCCGCCGCCGCCGCCGCCGCCGCGCCCGGCCAUGUCGAUGCUGCCGUCGUUUGGCUUCACGCAAGAGCAGGUCGCCUGCGUCUGCGAGGUGCUGCAGCAAGGGGGGAACCUGGAGAGGUUGGGCCGGUUCCUCUGGUCGCUGCCGGCCUGCGACCACCUGCACAAGAACGAGAGCGUCCUGAAGGCCAAGGCAGUGGUGGCCUUCCACCGCGGCAACUUCCGCGAGCUCUACAAGAUCCUGGAGAGCCACCAGUUCUCCCCCCACAACCACCCCAAGCUGCAGCAGCUCUGGCUGAAGGCGCACUACGUGGAAGCCGAGAAAUUGCGCGGCAGACCCUUGGGCGCCGUCGGCAAAUACCGCGUCCGCCGAAAAUUCCCUUUGCCCCGCACCAUCUGGGACGGCGAGGAAACCAGUUACUGCUUCAAGGAGAAAUCGCGGGGCGUGCUGCGGGAAUGGUACGCCCACAACCCCUACCCGUCCCCCCGGGAGAAGCGGGAGCUGGCGGAAGCCACCGGGCUCACCACCACCCAGGUCAGCAACUGGUUCAAGAACCGGAGGCAGCGGGACCGAGCGGCGGAGGCGAAGGAAAGGGAGAACACGGAAAACAACAACGCGGCCACCAACAAACCGAACCAACUCUCGCCUCUGGAUGGGAGCAAACCCCUCAUGUCCAGCUCCGAGGAAGAGUUUUCUCCUCCUCAAAGCCCAGAUCAGAACUCGGUCCUGCUCUUGCAGGGAAACCUCAGCCACGCCAGGAGCUCCGGUUACUCCCUGAGCGGCUUGGCCACAUCCCAGACCCCUCACAGCCUCCAAGGCCACCAGCUCCAGGACUCGCUGCUGGGACCCCUCACGUCCAGCCUGGUGGAUCUGGGCUCCUAAAGGCCCUCGGCGAGCGGCCGGAGGAGCGGGAGAGGAGGGUCUGCUUGGGAACAGAGGCUCUGGGUUGUACAUAGAGGACAGCACCCGGGUUUACAGCUCGCCCGCUGACUCUUGAUGGGACUCUCAGCUUUUUUUUCAUGCAACCCCACAUCGACUCCUGGUCCAGUUCCCCCUACCCAGCGUCUCCCACUGUCACCAUGAUUUUUUUUUUUUAACGUUUGGGUUUUUUUCCACGUAGCCAAACACAGAGAACGGCAGAAACCCUCACUCAGCCCUUCGAGUUCAAAAGAGCUGGUCCCCACGGGAAUUACAAACAAAAACCAAAAAAAGGGGGAAAGAAUGAAAACCAACCCACCCCAACCCUCACCCCAAACCAACCUCAGCUGGAUGCGAUUGCACCCAAAGCGAUGCCAGCCCAGCGGGCGGGGGGCAGGGGCGGCCGGCGCAUCCCGCUGCUGCCCCGCCGGGUCCCCGAGGGGCCGGGGAGGAGGCGGAGGGAGCGAGCGAGCAGCUGUACCGGGCACUAAAUCGUAGCGGGAGGAGAAAGUUGCGUUUACAUUUUUCAUAUUUAGCCUUACCAGAAAGAUUUCGAUGUAGUUUAAAUUUUAAAAAAGGAAAAGAAGGGGGAAAAAAAGGCAAAAGCUGCAGUAUUAGGGUUUAUCAAGUGCCUAUGUCUUACCGCGGCUGUAUGGGGCAGGGAGAGAGUGAACUCCCAUGGGCCCGCGGCCCCCGGCUUCCCUCUCCUCGGUGAUGAAAUGCACCGAAGCCGCUAAAAAUUAGGAAAAGAAUAAUCAUAAUAAAAGUUGACAUCUGUUGCUUCCUUAAGGAGUGAUUUUCAGGCUGCCCCGUCAGCUCCCUGUUGUCUUCUCCCACUCAUCCCCGCUCGCCGUCUUCCUCCUUCGCCUUGCAGAGAGCCCGCGGACGACGCCGUCUAUCUCGAGUAUUUGUUACCAAAAAUCGCAUGUGCUUUCAGGUUUAUUUUCUAUUGUAACUAAACAGUCUAAAUUAAACAACGCUCAUGGCAGAAA